AUGACUGAGAAAGACACAACCAUCGCGGAAGGCAAGUCGCUAUCGUCCAGAUCGAUAGCCGCUGAUGAAGCCCUGUCAGAGUUUGGUGCAGCUGAGAGCAGUGAAUGGACGUAUGUUGCAGCUCACAAACUCCUGAAUGUUGAGAAGGACAGCGCUAAUUGUCCCGUUAGGCUUUCGUCCAUCUCAUGUCUGAUCGGCUCCUUCUGCUCGUUGUUCAUCUCAGUGGGCUUCCUGAACGCCUGGGGCGUUUGGCAGACAUACUACCAAGAGCAUCAACUAAAGGACCGAUCAGAAUUCGAUAUUGCCUGGAUCGGCUCUUUCGCGACCUUUGUUCUCAUGUUUGGUGGUGCAGCAGCUGGUAUCCUGGUCGAUAAACUCGCCGCUACUGGCAAGCGCAUGCACAGCAGUGUCCUUGGGAUUUUCCUCACAUCGCUCUGCGAGGAGUACUGGCAAUUCUUCCUAGCUCAAGGGCUCCUCACGGGCCUGGCGAUGUCGUUUCUUACCAUUCCAUGCGUGUCCACUCUGGCGUUGCACUUCACCAAGCAUCGCGGUCUAGCUACCGGCCUGACCAUCGCUGGCUCUUCGCUUGGCGGCGUAGUUUGGCCAAUCGUUGACGAUCAAUUGCUCAACCACCGCCGCUUGAGCUUUGGCUGGACGAUGCGCAUCAAUGGCUUCAUUGCGAUCCCACUAGCGAUCAUAGUGACCGUCUGCGUUCGACGACCCAACAGCGCGCCGUUACUCAAGAAGGCUAAGGCAGAGUCCACCCCAACGACCGCUGCUGUCGAGCAAGACAACAAGACAGCCAAAGAAGAGGAGGAUGAGAAGAAAGCCAAACGCAAAACCGGACUCGCGAUCUUGAAGCGGCCGGUCUUCAUCCUUUUCGCUGCGGGUGCUUCCAUAUUCAACCUGGGGAUGUUCUCACCCUUCUUCUUCGCCCCAGCAUACGCCACACACCUGGGCUAUGGAGCCUCAUUCGCCUUCUACACGUUAUCGGCCCUAAACGCAUCAUCUCUAUUCGGUCGCAUUCUGACCGGCAUUGCUGCCGACCGGCUUGGCGCAUUCAACCUUGCGACUAUGGCUGGCUUGAUUGGUGCUGUCGUCUGCUAUUGCUGGACUACCGCCACGAGUCAGGCGGGCAUCAUGGUGUGGGCGAUUGCGUAUGGUUUCUCCAGUGGUGCGAUAUUAUCGCUGCAAAUGCACUGUGCGACGUCGAUAGCGACGAAGGAGACCUACGGGACGGUCUUGGGAGCUGGGUUCGGAUUGUGCUCAAUUGCUGGCUUGGUAGGAAGCCCGAUAAGUGGCGAGCUUCUCCCACACGGCUUCCUUGCUCUGUCGAUGUAUGCCGCGACCACGCUUAUGGUUGGGGGACUUUGCCUUGGUGGCGCCAGGUUGUGUCUGAGCCGGAAACUUCUGGCGAAGGUGUGA